UUGCAAUGGCUUUCAGCAACAAAACCAAAAAAAAAUUCUGUACACUCUUGUGAGGCCCCCCUCUGGAUAAAGUUCUAUGUUAGUAAGAGCCCGUGUUUUCCUUCAGUAUAGCAAUAUUCCAUCACCAUUUCAUUUUUAUUUUAGUAGCUUUUACAUCAAAAUGCAAGUUAUGAAACUGAAGAAAACAUUGCAAUGCUUUCUGUUUGCCAAUGAUUCUUGUCUUAAUAAGCAUCUGUAAUGAUCUUUCUUCCCUGUCAUGACACCUGAUAAGUUGGUGUUAGUAUUAGGAGAUCUUCAUAUUCCACAUCGAUGCAACAGCCUCCCAGCCAAAUUCAAAAAACUGCUGGUUCCAGGAAAGAUCCAACACAUCCUCUGCACAGGAAACCUCUGCACCAAGGACACUUAUGACUACCUCAAGACUCUGGCUGGGGAUGUUCAUGUUGUCAGAGGGGACUUUGAUGAGAACCUGAAUUAUCCUGAACAGAAAGUUGUAACUGUUGGACAGUUCAAAAUCGGGCUGAUUCAUGGCCAUCAGGUUAUUCCUUGGGGUGAUAUGGCCAGCCUGGCACUGCUACAAAGGCAGUUUGAUGUGGACAUCCUAAUUUCAGGACAUACACACAAAUUUGAGGCAUUUGAACAUGAAAACAAGUUCUAUAUCAAUCCAGGAUCAGCUACAGGAGCUUAUCAUGCCUUAGAGAACAACAUCAUUCCUUCAUUUGUGCUGAUGGAUAUCCAGGCUUCUACAGUAGUUACAUAUGUCUAUCAACUAAUUGGAGAUGAUGUGAAAGUAGAAAGAAUUGAGUACAAAAAGUCUUAAAAAUGUAUUUGCUUGUCUGGUAUUUUUACCAUCUCAUUCUGAACUGCAAGUUACUACAAUACUUGAUUGCUAGUUUACAGUACUACACUUACUUGCUAACAGCUUAACAAUGUAGCUUAUAACUUUAAAACAACAUUGUGUUUGCUUUUCUCUGUAUGAAUUGAUUUGUAAAAUAUUCCAUUGAAAUAACUGUUUAAAUACUGUUCGUUAAUGUUGUAAUAAACUCUACUUCAUAGAAAAA